AUGGACUCGACGUCCUUCUCUCCGACACACACCACCCCACGUGAUGAUGGAAACAGUCCCGCCGACACCAAAGCCAAGCGCAAAUCCAGCUCAUCGGCCGGCCACGAGGAAGAGAAUGGCAAGAAAAAGCGGCGCAAGGUCAAUCAUGCCUGCGUCUACUGUCGCCGCUCACAUAUGACCUGCGACCUGGAGAGGCCGUGUGCGCGCUGCGUAAAGAGACACAUUGGCCAUCUAUGCCAUGACGAGCCCCGAGAACCUCAAAAGAAGAGCAAGAGUGACAUGAGCCAGGCCGAGAUUGCUCCUGCGCCGGACGGCGGUGUCAACAACGAGCUGGGAAGCAUCAAUGGCUCUUUCACCCAAGCUGCCGGUGAUGCGCAAGGGAAUAUGGCAAUGCCCGGGACAAUGGGCGUGUCAACGGCUGCACCCCAGCUUCUCCAACCCACGCCCCUCUCGCCCGUCCAGCUGCAGCGAGUCACGGCCGCCGCCGCGGCCAACAACCUUCCCGCGACCUUCAUGCCCAAUGCCUUUGACUGGAGCAACGCGAGCAUCCCCAACCAGUUCCAAGACAUGCACCAUCUCCACCCCAACUACAUGUUCUCCACAUCCGAGGUGACGAAUGAGUAUAACAUGCUCAACGAAUUCCUCAGCAACUCGCUUGUCGACGAUGGCGCCCUCUUCAACUACGACAGCGAUGCGCACCAGAUGUUCGUCAACGAUCCCCUCCUCGCCACCAGUUCCUUCAACGCCAUGACGACCGGCGCGUCCGGUCUGCAGACGCCGCAACCCCAAACCCAACAACGACCCACCGCCGCACAACCCAUGGCAGCCCCACCGCAACCCCAAGCAACAACAAACCAAGACCUCGCCCCGCCAACUACAGCAGCAGCACAGCUCAAAGCAGGCGAAGAAAUUUCCCGCCCAAACUCCACCCUCCCCAUCUCCGAACAAGACCUCAACAAAUUCUACCUCACAGCCGCCGACCCGGACGGUCUUAGCAGCGCCGAAGACCGCCUGCACAAACUGCUGCAAGCAAAGUACGACGCCGGCAUGCUGAAGCCCUUCAACUACGUCCAGGGCUACGCGCGCCUCAACGCCUACAUGUCCAAGCACUUUUCCCGCGAGUCGCAGCUGCGCAUCUUCCAGCAGCUUGAUGGUUUCCGGCCGAAAUUCCGCGAGGCUUCGCAGCGGCUGACGGAUAUGCAGCUUGUGCUGGUCGAGAUGUGGUUUGAGCGGAGUUUGCUCGAGUACGAUCGUGUGUUUGCGUCUAUGGCCAUUCCGGCGUGCUGCUGGAGGCGCACCGGCGAGAUCUUCCGAGGAAAUCGCGAGAUGGCGGAGUUGGUAGGUGUCCCGUGGGAGAGUCUGCGAGACGGCAAGCUGGCGAUCCACGAGAUCAUCGCCGAGGACAGUCUGGUGUCAUACUGGGAGAAAUUCGGCGCCAUUGCUUUCGACCAGACGCAAAAAGCUAUCUUGACUUCGUGUUCUCUGAAGAGGCCCAAAGGAGCAAAGGGCGGCUUUCAAGGGUAUGGAAGUGGCGGCGACAAGGAGAGGAUGAAGCGCAAUGCUUCCUCCGCAGGCAAAAGUGGUGAAGGCAAUGUAGCUGAGCGGGAGGGGUCGAAUGCUGACGCGGCGGACGAUGCGCCGGCCAAGUGUUGCUUUUCUUUCACCAUUAUGCGCGACAAGUACAGCAUUCCUGCGCUGAUCGUGGGGAACUUCUUGCCUAUUAUUCAACGGCCCUUUUGUACCUAUCAAGCUUCGAGGCCUGUAUAG